AAAUACCCCAACUCGAGAAAAAACACAAACACCAAAACACGCCUUUUACGCAAACACAAACUCAGCCAUGGACACCGUCAAGUCCUUCAAAGGCUACGGCAAAGUCGACGAGCGCGACGACACCGAGUUCCGUCGCAAAACUCGCAAGCGCCUCAUCAUCCUCGCCAUCUCAGCCAUUCUUCUGAUCGGCCUCAUCGCCGGAAUUGUCGCCGGAACUUUAGCUCACCGGAAAAACAGCUCCGGCGAAACUCCGGCCACCACCUCGGCCGCGCUGAAAUCCAUCUGCAGCGCGACCGAGUACCCCGAGUCGUGCGUCACGAGUCUGAGGUCCGCCAACUCGUCCGAUCCGCAGACGAUCUUCCGCUACUCGCUCUCCGUGGCCGCGGACGCACUGGCGAAAGCGUCCGAUUUCGCGGCGGAAUACGUCCGCAGCCACGAAAGCCUCGGCGCGAGCGCCAGGCAGGCGCUGCAGGUCUGUAGCGCCUUGCUGGGCGACGCCACGGACUCGCUGAGCGAGACCGCCGACGCCGCCCGCGCCAGCGGCGGAAAGCAGCUGCUCUCCGUCGCAGACGACCUGAGGACGUGGCUGAGCGCGGCGAUCACCGACCAGGACACGUGCCUCGACGCCCUCGACGAGGCCGGGGCGAACGCGACCGCGGUUAGGGAUGACGUCAGCAAGUUGCUGGCGAACUCCACGGAGUUCGCCAGCAACAGCCUGGCGAUCGUCACGAAGGUGGUCGGAUUUCUCGGGGGGUUCAAGAUUCCGGCGCACCGGCGGCUGCUGGGGGAGGCGGCGGAUGGUUUUCCGGCGUGGGUCGGGGCGGCGGAGCGGAGGCUGCUGCAGGAGGUGAGGCCGAAGCCGGAUGUGACAGUGGCGGCGGACGGCUCCGGCGAUGUGACGACGGUGAAUGAGGCGGUGAAGAUGCUUAAGAAGAAGAGUAAGACGAGAUUUGUGAUAUAUGUGAAGGCCGGAGAGUAUAAGGAGAAUGUGUUGUUGGAGAAGGCGCAUUGGAAUGUGAUGAUCUACGGCGACGGCGCCGCUGCGACGGUCAUUUCCGCCGACAAGAACAAUGUCGACGGAGUGGCCACCUUCGACACGGCCACUUUCGCUGUCGCUGGCAAGGGAUUUAUAGCCCGGGACAUAGGGUUCAAAAACACGGCCGGGCCACACAAGCACCAGGCCGUGGCCCUCCGAUCGGGCUCCGACCAAUCUGUCUUCCAUCGAUGCUCCUUUGAUGCUUACCAAGACACCCUCUACCCCCACUCCAAUCGCCAGUUCUACCGCGAGUGCAAUAUUACGGGCACCAUCGACUUCAUCUUCGGGAACGCCGCCGUCGUCUUCCAAAAGUGCAACAUCAUGCCUAGGCAGCCCAUGGCCAACCAAUUUGUGACCAUCACUGCACAAGGCAAGAAAGACCCUAACCAAAACACUGGCAUUUCCAUCCAAAGAUGUGUGAUGGGCCCAUUUGAUAAGCUCACUGCACCAACUUAUUUGGGCCGGCCUUGGAAAGAUUACUCGACGACCAUCGUCAUGCAGACCGAAAUCGGCGGGUUUUUGAACCCAUUGGGCUGGAUUUCUUGGGUAAAGGGUGUCGACCCGCCCAACUCGAUUUUUUAUGCCGAGUAUCAGAAUACCGGGCCAGGGUCGAGCACUGCCGGCCGGGUUAAAUGGGCCGGGUAUAGGCCCACUGUCACAACGGCCGAGGCGUCUAAGUACACCGUGAAUUCAUUUAUUCAAGGCCCAUCUUGGCUGGCUGAAUCAAAUGUGGUUUUUGAUUCGACAUAAAUUAACAUAUACCUAUACAAUUAGUUUUUUUUUGUUUAAUUUUGAUAUCUUCUCUCUCUGACAACUUUGUAUUGUAAAAUUAAUUCGCUUGGUAUUUGAAAAUUUGUAUUUCCAUCAAAACU